UUAGUGAGUCUGUGCGAUCGCCGCCGAGUACAUGUGUGCGUGCCAAAUUAGUAAAUGUGACGUGACCUUUUUAGCCGAUUUCAAAACUACGAAGUUUUUAAAUUAAGGACUUAUGUUUUUUUUUUGUGUUGUCGAAAAUUGUUCACUUUUUCUACUCUAUAUUGAAUGAUGACACCACCACAAAAUAGACAAAGACUAAUAACCACUAACAGCUGACCACGAUUGUAAAAUGGCAUUGAAGACUUGAAAAGAUUUAAGGAACAAUGAAGCCGAUAAAAUUAGACACAAUGGUGAAAGUAAUUGCGGUGACGACGCUCGUGUUGCUGUCCACGGGCCGGACGGACGCCGAGUCCGCCUACAAAACGGGACUGAGAUUGGUCGAGAAGCUUUCCGGGGGAUAUUUUAAUGACGUUUAUCGAAACGGGACGUUUAGGACCGGUCACCAAUUGUGGGACAACGUACUGAACCAAUGCACAGCGGAGCCUAGCGUGAGCUGCUUGCAAAAAAACUUUUUUUGGUACUUAGACGAUCGCUUCCGGAUGAACAAUGAUUUGAAAGUGAGUGACAGUGUGUGCUUUAAGCGGAACAAUGUGGACCUGGACAGGGUGAGUGCGGAUGACGGGGUUAAUGGUGCAAGGAGUGCGGACGAUAGUGAAGUUGAGGAGGAUGAACCAGAUUCUCCAUUCGAAGAAGUCACAAAUGGCUUAUACGAUAAAGGAGUCAACUUUUUCAUGACUCACGACAUGACCUUGACCUUACCGGAGUACUUCUUCCAAGGGGCUACAUUAAAGAUAGCCCCCAGAGCUUUGACCAAGUCCGGGGCUCUAAUCCACGUGGAUUUAGAGCCGAGAGAAAACAAGAAUGGCGAGGGAAGGAUAUUCUUGCAGAAGAUCAAAAAAGCAAUUAAGAAGAAACUACUGACAGCCCUGAUAGCCAUAGUGCUAGUGGUCAAGCUGAUAGCAUUGAAAUUAGUGUUUGUCCUACCUCUGAUACUGGGAGUGACCACAGCCAAAAAGAUGUUCCUGAAGCUUCUGCUAUUCCUGUUUCCUGCCCUAAGUCACAUCUUCAAAUUGUGCUCGUGGUACCACCAAAACUACCACACUACGAAAUAUCAUCACCACCAUCAUUUAAUCACACAUCAUCACAAGGUACCACACGCUCCAGUUUAUGGCCAUCAAACCCACGGGUCAGUGCUGGUGAAGAAUCAUGGGCAGAAUAGCGCGCCUGGCUUCGAGCACUACCCACAGGACUGGGAACUGUCUGGACCAGGGCUCGGCAGCGAGUAUCUCGGAUCAGAUAUACACCGCAAUGCUAUAGCCAGUUUUAAGCCUCACGUGAACGACGCUAAUGAUAUCAACGCGUGGGGCCUCGGACUACCUCCAGGUCAAUCAAUGAAUGUUGGUGAAUACAGCAGCAGCAACCUGAUGCCGAAAGUGGUGGCUCCAAAUAUACCUCAGAAAGUGCCACUCGCUAAUAUUGGAAAUGUCGCUAGACCGGUGGGACCGCCAAACAUAAACCCGUACAAUCGAAAUAAGAAAACCACAACGAAAGAUCCGUUCCAAGCGGAAAAGGAAGCAUUGAUACGAGCAGCCGCCCUCGCCGCUAGAGCUCCACCGUCGCCAGUCAGAGACGAGCUACUCAGAGUCUCGGCGGUGAAGCUGAAAGAGACCAACAGAGUGCAGACUGAAACUGACUUGGUGAAGCAACAACAGCAGAUCUUGGCUGCAAAUGAUCCGGACACCAUAGCAGCAGAGAAGUUCUACGGCUUCCUUUUGGACCGAGUGGAUGCCGUCCUCGCCACGAUAGGAGCAAGCGAAACUGGGUGUAAGGAAAGAGCUGUUUGCACUCUCUACGGGGACCCGUUCAAGCACGCCCCGUUCAGUAACUUGGUGUCGAAUGAACUCAGCAAGGACUCCAACGAGCUCCUUCCCGCGGCAGACAGCAAGCAGGCCCUGCGCUACUACCGCUACGUGCAGGCAGCUAGAGACGGGCAGGAACAGAAGGACUGCAAUACGGAGUAUCCUCACUGCGAUAUAGAUUACAAUAUCGAAUAAAACCUCCAAAAACAAACUGUUGGAUUUUUAAAAGAAAUCUCUGUAGAGAAGGACAAAAAUGAAACAAAGCUUCAUCCUGGGAGCUUUGCAAAUUUUCACAACAGAUUGUUAGUUUCUCAUUGGGGCGAUAGUCCCGUCAAAUAAAAUAAAUAAAUAAUAAAUAAAUAUUUACUAACAAUCACGACACGUUAACUGGUCCCGUGAUAAGUUCGUAAAGAACUAGUGUUACAGGUACCAGAUAACGGAAAUAAAUGUAAGAUUUUUAUUAUACACAUACAUAUAUUUAAUAUACAUCCAUAACCCUGGAAAAGACAUUUAUAUUUAUCAUACAAAUAUCUUCCCUUGGCGGGAUUCGAACCCGCGACCCCCUUGUGUAGUGACCAUGUCACUUACCAUUACACCAGACGGCCGUUAAAAUUCAACACUGUCCGCCGCAUCUCUGACUUAACUAAACUACAUCCCUCAACUAACUUGACACCGAUUGUCAAUUUAGUUACUAAAAAAAAUAGAUUUGUUCUCUGUCAAUAAUUCGAGGGAUAAAUAUUGGAAGAACAAGGAAGCAUGGCAUCAUUGCUCCUCCGACCACAACCCGAGUCCUUCUAGAGCGAACCAGGCACGGUCUGGUCACUUCACAUAAGACUAUAUAUAAUGCAUUUACUAAAUUACGAUCAUCGUAACAUUUAAAAGCGUUUCCCAAAACAUAGGAUUAAAUAAUUUAUUUGUUUAGUUUUAAAUUUGCACCUAUUUCUAACGAGACUCACUUUGAUUGAUUCAUGUUUGUGUAUUUCCGCCAGUAACAAAUCGAGUACAUUUUGAUUUUACUGUUUCGCGUUACGUGUUUAAGGUAAAUUAUUAACGUACUUGACAAAUGUUCACGAUUGACUUCCACGGUGAAGGAAUAACAUCGUGUAAUAAAAAUCAAACCCGCGAAAUUAUAAUUUGCGUAAUUACUGAUGGUAGGACCUCUUGUGAGUCCCCGCGGGUAGUUUCUGCCGUGAAGCAGUAAUGCGUGUCGGCUUGAAGGGUGGGGCAGCCGUUGUAACUAUACUGAGACCUUAGAACUUAUAUCUUCAUAGAUGUCUAUGGGCUCCAGUAACCACUUAACACCAGGUGGGCUGUGAGCUAGUCCACCCAUGUAAGCAAUAAAAAAUAAAAAUAUUACAUUCGAAAAAAAUGCAAAUCAUGAAAAACUUGAAGUCAGUCAUAUGAAGCACAAAUAAAUGAGGUAAUUUAAAUUAAUUUAUUAUAUUAUAUGCUAAUUGUAAUUACUUUCACUAUAGGAAUUCUAAGGGUUUAUUAGAAAUUGUAUUUUUACUAAAUAUUUAAUUGUAAAAUUGUUUAAUAUUUAUUGUUAAAUAAAAAAUUUAGUUGUAAAACGUCAAGUCACUAGGACACUAGUUUUAUUAUUAUUUUAACUUGUAUUGUUUACUAUUAAAUUUAUUUAUUUAUUUAAAUUAAAUCCACACCAGUUUAUAGUUAAUUUAUUCGAAACCAUAUUAAUUUAUUUUGUAUUUUUUUUGUAAAUUGACAUUGUAAAUGUGUUAAUAAAAUAAAAUUGAAAAAUAAA